CUGCUUUGCGUUUGCUGUAUCUUAACUGGAGUUUCAGCUGGAGAAACAAUCCCAGCGCUCCCAGCACCAGAAACAGUUACAGUACAGCUAAUCACGGAUUUACCACUGAAGUGAACUGCUGUCAUGUGGGAUCAGUCAAUAAAUCGCUGAAAGUGAUGGAUGCUUUUCUGGGAGCUCUCCAGGAUCAGGAUGUCAGCUCUGUCCUGACGUCCUGUGAGCCGGAGCUGCAGGAGCUGAUGAGACAGAUCGAUAUCAUGGUGAAUCAUAAGCGCAGCGAGUGGGAGGAGGAGGUCCGAACCAUGGAGCUGCAGCUCCGGACCGGUCAGGAGGAACUUCAGACAGCCGAAAAUCUCCUGGACAAGAGGAACUCUGAGGUACGAGUUUUGGCGAAACAGCUGGAAGAGAUGCAGGCUGGGAAAAAGGAUCUGGUGAUAAAGUAUGAAGGGCAGUUAAAACACGUAAAAGAGGAGUUGUCGAAGCUCCAGCGCAGUUAUGAGAAGCUUCAGCGCAAGCAGCUGAAGGAGGCGAGAGAAGGAGCUCGGAGUCGAGAGGAGGACAAGAGUGAGGCCACGCGCCUGAACAGCAAACUGGAGGAGUUCUGUUUGCGCUCGGCUGAAUGGGAGCAGCAGAGGCUACAGUAUCAAAGACAGGUGGCAUCAUUAGAGGCUCAGAGGAAGAGCCUGGCAGAGCAGUACACGUUAAUACAGUCGCAGGGCACAGGCCGGCUGCAGGAGCAGGGGGAAGUGCAGCGUUUGCGUGCUCAGCUGCAGCGGGCGCAGGACUCUCUGCAUGCACAGGAGCUGGAGCUGGAGAGGCUUCGACUGCUGCAGGAGGAGCUGGGAGACUCGCAUCGGGAACAGCAGGUCAGCUGCAGCCUUGCAGCUAACGCUCCAGCACAGGUUCUGAGUGAGGAGCGGGACGAGCUGAGAGCCACUCUUGAUGCUCAGGAUCAGUUUGUGAGGAGUUCAGGGCUCCAGCAGCAGCAGCUCCGCAGUGAAGUGGCCCAACUCAACCAGACCCUGCAGACCAAAGAACAUGUAAUCAGGUCACUAGAGGAGUGCCUGGCCUCUCGGAACGCCGCUCCAGGUCUGGCGUCUCUCAGGCAGGAGCUGGAGAAGGUCACCAGCAAGCUUCACUGUUCUCAGACCUGCGAGAAACACCUGAAAACCGAGUUAACUCGACUCAGAGAGAAGCUUGAGAGCAUGAGGAAACAUAAAGGAGAGAUGAGUAAGAGAGAGCAGGAGUGCCGGCAGCUAAAGGAGGAACACACUCGAGCUACAGUUGAAGUCAAGCGGCUGAGGGAGGAGCUCCAGAGGGCGGAGCAGACUCGUUGUGGUGAGGUUGAGGGGAUGAGGAAGGAGGUGUCUCAACUAACGAACGAGCUCCAUCAGCGUGACAUCACCAUCGCCACGCUCAGUGGCUCUGCCUCCAGCGUUGAGCGGCAGCUGCGGGUAGAAGUGGAGCGAGCCGAGCGCAGAGCAGCAGAACUCAAGGUGACGCAGGUUCAGCUCGAAACCCUGAAAAUUGAGAAUCAGCACCUAAACGACCUUCUGGAGAGGGUUGAGUCUCGCUCCCCAAAGAGGGCUGAUGGGGAGUUGGCGAGUCUGCGGGACAGUUACGUGUCGUCUCUCAGCACUCUGGAGCAGGAGAACCAGCAGUUGAGGCAGGAGCUGGCAGAGCUCCGGGCCCACAUGGAAGCCAGCAACCAGACCUGGCAGGACAAAUACGAGAGAGCCCUGCUGCAGAGCCAGGGCAAGAGCAGCCACACACACGACAGAUGUGCAGCAGAGUUGCAGGCCAUGGAGACCCGCAUGCAGGAGAGCACCACUCGCUACGAACAACAGAUCCAGACACUCGUCAAACAGCUGGAGACCCUGUCCACAUGUUCGGCUCACCUUCCUGAUGGUCAAUCACAGGAGAGCCGACCGGUCAUCUCCCCCACACCCUCUUCCUCCUCUGCCUCCUCCUCUUCCUCCUCUAAUAAAGCUCGCAGGAUAGCAGCCCUGCUAAGUGCAGCAGCUAAUGAAGAGAAAGCAGCAGCCUCAGGCUCUUCUGGAGACCCCUUACCCUUGGAUCGCUGUGCAGUUUCUCCGGCUGGGUCGGUGGCCACUCGCUUUCUGGAGGAGGAGACGCUACGCUCUCAGGAGCUGCUGCAGAGGCUGGACGCUCAUAUCCAAAGCAUGAGACACGACAAUGCCAAAACCGUCCGCAAGUACCUGAGCAAAGACAACAACAACAGCCCUCACAGUGCACACUGACUGAUCCUCACAGCGUGCCUUUAAGACUGGUGCUAAUGAUAUGUUUUUAUUUGUGUUGUUGAGGUGUUGGUUAUGGACAUUAUGGUUUAUAUAAUAAAAAUAAUUAUUGCCUUAAAUAAAGAGACAAGCCAACCCGGAUGGGAUGUUUGGAGGAUUUGGACUGCAGGAGGACUGGUAAUUCCGGCGCAGGAAAACACUCCAGCACAGUCUCAUCCACGUGCAGAAUACCUCUACAGUUAUUGCACUAGUGAAGGAGUGACCAUGACCCUUCACCCACUACCGCCCCCUGGCAUUGGACCUGCAUUAUUAUAUGACCUGUGACGAUUGUCUUCUUUUAUUGUGCCAGCGCUGUGUGCUCUGAUUGAUGUGUCUUGUUUUUGACUUGAGAAAGAAUAGAACUGGUUGCCAAAUGCCUUAUUUUGGAAGUAGCUGUUUUUGUUGUUCUUGUUUGUUGGUUAUCUAUGUAUGAAUGUAUUUGUAUAUGUAGAGUACUAGUCAAAAUGUGGACACACCCCUUCUUAUUAUUUUUUUUAUUAUUAUUUUUAUUAACAAAAUUAUUUUUAACAAAAGAGUCACCUGCCCUAAAGCCAGCUGAGCUGAGUUCUUACUGAAUUUGAGCAUGUGUUCCUGCAUAGUUCUGAAGUCCUCAAUAUUAACUAACAAUGUAGGAAAUAAUACAA